AUGGAUGCCAUGUUUGAUAUUUGUUACCUUUCGCCAGACGGUAAUAAUGUAGAGCCUGAUGAUAUUCCGGAAACAAAGGAAAACGUAUGGGUAUUAGGAAAAAAGUAUAGUGCUAUACAAGAUCUGGAGCGUAUAAGACGCGAUAUAACUUCGGUAAUUUGGUGUACCUACAGAAAGGGCUUUGUCCCUAUAGGGGAUGAGGGUUUAACAUCUGAUAAGGGAUGGGGCUGCAUGCUGCGUUGUGGACAAAUGGUGCUUGGAGUAGCACUGAUUAAAGUUCACUUAUCUUCUGAUUGGGUUUGGACUCCCGAGACAAGAGAUCCAACAUAUCUAAAAAUAGUCCAAAGGUUGGAGGAGAGAAAACAAGCUCCAUACUCAAUUCAUCAAGUGGCUUUAAUGGGGGCAUGUGAAGGAAAGGAAGUAGGCCAGUGGUUUGGCCCGAAUACUAUUGCGCAAGUACUCAAAAAAUUGGUGGUUUAUGACAAAUGGAGUUCAUUGGUUAUUCAUGUUGCUUUGGACAAUACAGUUGUUAAGGAGGAUAUUUUGCAACAGUGUAUUGUCAAUAAUGAUAGAGGAGAUUGCUCUGAGAAUGUAGAUGGAUUUGUUGUGAGUGAUUGGAUGCCUCUUCUGUUAAUAGUACCUCUUAGACUUGGACUUAGUGAAAUUAAUCCUAUUUAUAUAGAAGGGCUUAAGAUAUGUUUUCAAUCACCUCAAUCAAUAGGUGUAAUAGGAGGCAAGCCGAAUCAGGCUCUUUAUUUAAUAGGUUGUGUUGGGGAUGAAGUUAUAUAUUUAGAUCCACAUACCACACAAAAAACUGGUUUAGUUGAGAACAAACUUACAGAUGAACAAAAAGAAAUGGACUGCACAUAUCACUGUAAGUAUGCUUCAAGAAUUCCAAUAUUGUCUAUGGAUCCCUCUGUGGCAGUGUGUUUUCUUUGUCGCACAAGGAGUGAUUUUGAUGAACUAUGUGAAUUAAUUGAGAAACGAUUAAUGCAAUUGAGUCAACCCUUGUUUGAAAUAUGUGAGAAAAGACCAUCACAUUGGGGCCCAAAUACAAACGACAUUGAUUUACAGAACACUAAUCUAUUCACAGAAUUUGAAGAAGUUGAUAGACAAUUUGAUGAUUCUGAUAUUGAAUUUGAAAUUCUAUGA